AUGAUAUUGGAUACAGUGCUUCGAAUGGAGGCUUCAAUUGAUGAGCUCAAGAAUAUGAUGGCCCUCAAUGCCAGAGCAUCCAAUGAAGUGAACGAAGCACAAAUAAACUCUACCUCGCCCAUGUCAACAAUUGGACCAAUAUCUCAAGAUACGCGCCAUCAUCCGAAUAAUGGCUCUUCCAGGGACCUCACCGAGAGUGCCGUCCUGUCAUCAGGACAUCUUUCUUCCACGGAGUCGCUACUGAAAUGGCCUAUCUUUCUGGACCAACCGUCAAUCCGAGAGGAAGUUGAUAAAUCAUUUCUCUCUUCAGAGUACAGCCGCUCGCCGUUCCAGAAUGCACGCUAUGCUAUAUUUCCCAGCGUGAGCAUGUCCAAAGUCAAAGCGAUGGUGAGCAUAUUUCAACAAACAUACAACUUUUGGUUUCCUACGAUAAGCUUGGAUGAUCUCAAGUCCAUCCAAUUGAAAAUAUCACAUGAGGACCUAGAACCUAGUUCCCAAUCGUGCCGAGCAUUGCUGGUAAUGGCCUUGGGGUGCAUCGGGGCUUCGGUGAUAGACGAAGGUAUUCCAAUCGAUGAGUCCCAGGAGCUCAAACAAUGGGGCUCAGCAUGGUUCAGUGCUGCCAUGAAGAUGCUUCAUUUGGCACAUAUAGAAAUGAGCGUGGAGGCGUGUCAAUGUCUUCUACUUACUGGCCUUUAUUUCUCUUUUCUGCAAAGGCCAUUGCAAACAUGGUCUUAUGUUAAUAGUGCAGCGACUCGCUGUCGCUUUUUACUGCAAUGCACCUUCGACAACCCAGAGCGUGACAAUCGCGAGAUCAUCAUCCGGUUACCCUCGCUCCCGCAAAACUACAAUGCGGAAAAAGAAUCCACCAUUUCCCUUCCUGGGAAAUUCCGCACCCACGAAGCCCCCGAAGAAGGCGAAAAAUCCACAUUCUACCUCCUCGCUACCAUUGCCCUCCGCCGGCUUCUCAACAGAGCCCACUACAUGAUGUACGAUCGUGAAAUUGGGCUCCAAAUCUACUCCAGUUACUUCCCUUCUGUCAACCAAGAAUUGGCCCGCCAGUUGGAAGAUUGGUACCAGACGCUGCCGCCCAGCUUGCAGUUCGCAGAAGACGGGAAACCCGCGGACAACCCGUAUAGCGAAUACCUCCGACAGUGGUAUCUCAGUUGUCGGAGUGUGAUCUACCGGCCUUAUUUGGAAUGGGCCCUCGCUAACCCGUCGUUUGAUCUCAAUAAUGAUCUCCGCGUGUUAGAUGGGUGCCGCAUUGCCCUGGAUACUUGUCUCUUCAAGCUGCAGCAUCUGAGACAGAUCCCGUAUACAGUAAUGGUUGACACAUGGCUGUGCUCGUUAUCGCUAGCGACUGCGGUGUUGACUCUCAUGGGUGGAUUCUGUCACCCACAACUAAUGACACAUCUCCACCGAUCUGCAUUGAUAGAACUGGGCCCGCAUCUGCAUGCGCUACUGCAGCGAUGGAUACUUAUCCAUGGUUCUUCACCUUCUCCGGGCGUUGAGAAAUCUUUAAGGCUGAUUAUGAAAGCGCAUGCAUUCUUCGAAAGCAGGAACGAGGAAAUUGUCCCUUCUCAGGAAGAAGAACGGCGCCCUUUCUCUUACAUUUUCCCGGGCUCUCAUGGAUAA